AUGGCCACGCUUGCCAUGCAGUCCCUGGGCUGCGAAGUGGCUGCCUUGAACACGGUUCAUUUCAGCAACCAUACCGGAUAUAGACAGUUCAAGGGGACAAAGUCGUCUGCUCAGGAAAUAACCAACCUAUAUGAAGGGCUACGGCAGAGCUACCUUACUGACUUUGACGUUUUGCUGACUGGAUAUGCACCCAGCGCUACCGCAGUGGAAGCAGUCGGAGCUAUUGCCAUGGACCUGAAGAAGAAGGCAUCUAAGAAGCCAGGCUCAUUUUUCUGGGUCACUUCUAACAGACGAGAAUUAGUGCUUGAUCCUGUCAUGGGAGACCAGGGACGUAUAUAUGUCAACGAGGAUGUGGUGCCGGCAUAUAAAGCUCUCGUUCCCCAUGCAGACUUGAUCUUACCAAACCAGUUCGAAGCAGAGCUACUUUCUGGAAUAAAAAUUACUUCAGCUGAAAACCUGGUGGACGCAGUGACCGUCAUCCACCGGACAUAUAACGUGCCUCAUGUCAUUGUUACUUCUGUACAGCUACCAGGACUGCCAUCCUCAUCCGCAUCAUCAGUCAUCUCCCUCUCAACAGCAGAUAAUUCAUCCGUCAGCCAAGAUGCACGCCCAGACAACACGCUGGCAGUCUUCGGUUCUACCAUGCGAUCUGACCGCUCCGCUCGGCUAUUUAAAGUCGAAGUACCUCGCCUAGACUGCUUCUUCAGCGGGACGGGCGACAUGUUCGGUGCCUUGAUGGUUGGAAGACUCCGUGAAGCCGUGUUUAAUGAUUCACCGGCGCUUCGUGAAACGGCUUCCUGGGUAUCUCCAGACAAUGUUGCGACGACGGAUCUGCCGCUUGCCAAGGCCACUGAGAAGGUUCUGGCAAGCAUGCAUACGGUUCUGGAGAAGACAAUGAUAGCUAGGAACGAAGAGCUAGCGAGAUAUCAGAACGAAGAUGAGAGGAAUGACGCCGAGUUUGCUCAUCUUCCAGAGGAAGAACGCAAGGCCGCGCUUGAGAAGAGGGCCCGGCUUCGUGCAUCAAAGGCAGCGGAGGUUAGGCUGGUGCGCAACGUCGAACAUGUAAGGCACCCUGUUGUGAAGUUCAAGGUGAGAGAGUGGAACCAGUGA